AGUUGUUGUAAUGUACAGACAUGUCCAUGCGUAUAAAUCUCCCGACUGUAGUAAAACACACAUGGACAUGAUGAAGCUGAUAGCGUUAACAUCGUUUUUUGCUGAGCUCUGCAUCGUCGUCACUUCGCUAGAAGACGGUUUAAAAAAUGACGACGACGGUGACUGGUUACUUUUCAACACUGAUAUUACUCUGGAAGAGAUGGUAGCCGUGGUGGACGCUACUCACUACAGACAGUACUAUUGUCAGAGCGGAUACCAUCUCCAAAUCUUUCCCAACGGCACGAUUGGGGGCACUGCUAGGGAUCAUGACAGAUAUGCCAUAUUGAAAUACUCUCUUCUCAUGAAGCCAAAUACAAUUAUUUUGAAAGGUGUUGAUUCCGGCCUUUAUCUUGCCAUGAAUAAAUACGGGCAGUUAUACGCAAAGAGCACAAUUGGUAAAGACUGUCUUUUCAAGGAGGAGCCUUUUGGAGAAGAGUGGUUACUAAGAUUUUCUUCCGCACGUCAUCCGCAUCACAAGCAAGGCGCCCAAAAGAGAACGUCGGAUUUGCUGUACGGUCAUCGCUCAUCUUGGUACGUGGCAAUUGAUAGAAAUGGACAACCAAGCAAUGCGGCAAUGACCAAGCCUGAAUACAGAAGAGUCAAAUUUCUUCCACGUGCAGUUGAUCCCCAGAAAGUCCCAUACCUCUACGAUUUUCCUAUUGCACGAGACGUUGAAUUACUGCACUAGUAAAAGACCGGCAUUUACGGUAUUUAUGGCUGUAUUUGCAGUCGACAUUCCACGCGCGGAAUCUGGUUAUAAAAUCGGAAAAUUGUGGACGUCAUUGUCUCGUACGAGUGGCCAGUAAAGUAUACUUUAGUUCGUGUGAAUAGUUGUAAUGUAUUGUAACAAUCCUCUCUGUGGCAUGGAUAACUAGAAGCCGAAGAUAGACUUCUCCAAUAUCAUGUUCAAUCAAAACAACCGUUAAUUGUUUGAUUAGAGAUUUUUUAAUUUAUUCAUUUAAUUUAUUCAAAAAAGUGUGUUUUCUCCUCCAACCAUUUGAACGAUGCGUUUUGCAGAAAAUGCCGUUGGUUCUCAUUGUAAAGCGUUGACAGCAUUACGUAUUUGUUUAUAUUUAGCGGUCUGAAAUGGCCAUAUUAGGUAGUCAGAUCUUUAUAUUUUUUAUUUUAUCAAGAUCAUGUAAAACAAUAAACGUUGAAGCUAA